AAAAGGCACAGAGAGGUCCCGUCACAGAUCAAGAGAGAGUCAAUUCAGCUUUUGAGCUGCGAAAGUAAUGAGUCACUCAUCAGUCUCAACCCAAUACUGUGGAGUUUAAAAAGUUUUCCUGAAGACCCUUCUUCUUGGCUUUAAUUGUUGGACAUGCCCCCUCAAAUGGACUACUUUUACCACGAGUCAAGAGUUCCGUCCGUGUGUUUAGAGCAGGACGACGCGCUGGAGCCUGCGAUCAGCUGUAUGCUGGUUGGGGAUGGUGCGGUUGGGAAGACUAGUAUGAUUGUCAGCUACACAACCAAUGGAUACCCUACGGAUUACAAACAGACGGCUUUUGACGUCUUCUCAGGACAAGUUCAGGUGGAUGGGACCCCUGUGCGGAUUCAGUUGAUGGAUACAGCUGGACAGGAAGAAUUUGAUGAAUUCAGAUCUCUGUCUUACGCACACACAGAUGUCUUCCUUCUCUGCUUCAGUGUGGUUAACCCCACGUCAUUCCAGAACAUAACCAAGAAAUGGAUCCCUGAGAUUCGUGCGUGUAACCCAUCCUCCCCCAUCAUUUUAGUCGGAACUCAGUCGGACCUUCUGUUGGACGUUAACGUUCUCAUAGACUUGGACAGGUACAAGGUCAAACCCGUGUUCAGCUCACGGGCACGGAGCCUCGCUGAGAAGAUCAGGGCCGCCGAGUACGUGGAGUGUUCGGCCCUGACCCAGAAGAACCUAAAGGAGGCCUUCGAUGAGGCAGUAUUCGCGGCUAUUAAACACAAGGCCAGGAAGGCCAAAAAACUGAGACUGUCAGACAGACGAGCUAAAGCUUUUUCCAAAUGCAGCUGGAAGAAGUUCUUCUGCUUCAUCUGACCCUGUGGGUCAAAAUGUGUAGACCGUUUACAUGAGAGAUUAAUUUAUUUUGGAGAGUGUGUUUACCUACGGUCAUUUAGCUUUAUUUUCUGGGUGGAGUUGUUUGAUCUGUGGGGAACUUCCCAGGAAAUGUUCAAGGGACGUUUGAGAGCUGUUGUGUCACUCAACACAAUGUUUAAG